CACCUUAUGUGAAGAGACACUUCCACGUAUUUUAAGGUCGAUAUUACAAUGCACUAUGGGAAAUCAUUUCUUGCUUUUCACUUUGAAGAAUCAGUAUUGCGACUUCAUAUUUGAAAAUGGCAACUAUGCCAACCCGUUUCUCAGCGGCAUGCGUCCUAUUAAUGUCACUGUUUGGUGCGUCGAUUUCUGCCUCUUCGUGGUUUUGGAUCCAACCUCAGACUAAAUUUGAUGCAGAUUUUAUUCUUCAUACAACGCAUCCUCCAUCUGAAAGUCACUGCGCUGGUGAUUGCCUCGCUUACGGCGGUUGUCGCGCUGCAUAUUACUGCGGUAACACCAAGACUUGUGCUCUGACAGAUUCAAGUUGUUCCUCUGUUCAGGGCGGGUUUCUUUUGAGCGAUCAAAACUGCAACUACUUACAGACACGUAAUCGGACGGAAUCCUACUUGGAAUGCAGAUGCCAGAAUGGCGGGACAUGGAUCAACUCAACGGAGGCGUCUGAUUCACAGAACAAGUGUGUCUGUCCCGUCCCUUACGGUGGGUCGUACUGUGACCGGAACCUGACUUGCCCGCCGCAGUAUGAGGCCCUGUUCCGGUCUAGUUGCUACAGUUUCAAUACGACAUUGACAGGGACAUUCGACGAGGCCAAGGCACACUGUGAAACGAUGGGAGCGAGGCUAGUCGCUGUGAAUGACGCAGAGGAGCACGGUUUUAUUUCACAAUACAUUGCUGCCGAUGCUGGUUAUUUGAAAGGUUUAAUAGAAAUGUACAACUUUUUUGCCAGAAAACUUCUUCAAUGA